AUGAGUCGUCACUGGAACUCUUGGGUGUUCCAGAACCCUUGCUUCUUGACCAUUUUUACUCCUCAGGAAUUAGACCAGGUUACCUGCAUGAUGGAAUAUCUCUUUGCCUGUGAGCUGGGGAGUCGGGAGGCAUCAGUCUUCUUGGUCCUCAGCUGGGUUGCAUCAUGGACUGAAAGCCCUACAAAAGUUCAGGUAUACGUGAGCGUCUUGCAGAUGGCUAGCACACUCGCUCGCAGCCCAAGAUUUGAACAGUUGUCUCAGAUGCGCGAGGACGCGGAGAAAGACCGGAUUCGUCGUACGGCUAUCCGUAAUUGUACAACGUACGACACGGGCGAGCCGCAAGUGAGCGAAGCACACUUGUUGCGCCGUGCUCGUGUGCGUGUAUCGGUAUUCGUAGCCAAUGAAGGGAGAGCACUUGAAGAUUCGGACGGAUUGUCUCGACUCCAGGCCGACCGAGGGGAAGGUGAUGUUUGA